GCGGCGAGGGGGGCGGAGCCCUGGCGGAGGAGACAGCGCAAUUAAACCGAGGGGAGCGCAAUUUAAAUCCAAAACGUCUCUGGACGCGCGCGGAGCGGACAGGAACACACACACACACACACACACACACACUGAGCACAGACACACACUUCACCCUCAUGCACACACACCGACACACACACGGUCUCAGCGGGUGAGUGACGGAGAAGUGUCCGCUGCUGUGGUGUCGGUGUCCGGUCAAGUUGAAGUGGAGCCGCGCAGGACGGUGCGUCACCGGAGCGGCGCAGGACGCGGAGCUUCUGCUUCUGCUUCUGGAUUUCGGGGGAAAAAACAAGAGUUUUUAUUCUCACAUCAGUUUCUCUGCGUGACUUUCUUCCUCCGCUGCUCCGAUGGAAUGGUUUACUUUAAUCGGAUUAUCGCUCCUCUAAGUUUCCCCUCCGAGGCGGAGACUGCCGCGGCACCACCGGGUCUCCACCGGGUCUCCACCGGGUCUCCACCGCGGCUCCACCGGGUCUCCACCGGGUCUCCACCGGGUCUCCACCGCGGCUCCACCGGGUCUCCACCGGGUCUCCACCGGGUCUCCACCGCGGCUCCACCGGGUCUCCACCGCGGCUCCACCGGGUCUCCACCGGGUCUCCACCGGGGCUCCACCGGGUCUCCACCGGGUCUCCACCGGGGCUCCACCGGGUCUCCACCGGGGCUCGGUCGUCUCUCUUGUCCGGUCUCCUCCGAGCCGCAGCGGUCGUUCUUAUGAGCGCAGCGUUCACUUCGCCCUUCAUGGUGAUGCAGCGGCCACUCGGAAGCACCACCGCCUUCAGCAUUGACUCUCUGAUCGGGGGGCCCCCGCAGCCCAGCCCGGGACACUUUGUCUACACCGGCUACCCGAUGUUCAUGCCGUACCGGUCGGUGGUGCUGCAGCCGCCGCCGCCUCCUCCGGCCCUGCAGCAGGCUCUGCCCAGCGGCCACCACCCGCACCCGCAGAUGCCCAGCCUGCAGAGCGGCUUCUGCUCCAGCCUGGCGCAGGGCCUGACGCAGGGCCUGACGCAGGGCAUGGCGCAGGGCAUGGCGCUCACCUCCACGCUCAUGGCGUCGCUGCCCGGCGGCUUCUCCCCGUCCCAGCAGCACCAGGACGCGGCCAGGAAGUUCGGCUCGCAGGCGCUGCACGCGGUCUUCGACAAGGCGCAGGAGCUGCGGCUGCAGGAGGCGGAGGACGGGAAGAGUUUCCUGCAGGCGAAAGAGUCCGCGGCCGCAGGUAGGAAGGAGAUUAAUAACCGGCCUCGUGUCUCCGCAGUCAGAGGUCACGGUAAAGACGAGUCCAAGGACGAGGACUGCGGCCGGAAGGACGAGAGCUUCUCCAUGGACAGUGACCUGGACUACAGCUCGGACGACAACCUCACGUCCAUGUGCCACAAGGAGGACGGCGACGGCGCGGGGCUGGAGCCCGGAGGAGGCUCCGGCGGCGGAGGCUCCGGUGCGGGGGGCGGCGGCGGCGGCGCCAAGAACCGGCGGCGGCGAACCGCGUUCACCAGCGAGCAGCUGCUGGAGCUGGAGAAGGAGUUCCACUGCAAGAAGUACCUGUCGCUCACCGAGCGCUCCCAGAUCGCGCAUGCGCUGAAGCUGAGCGAGGUGCAGGUGAAGAUCUGGUUCCAGAACCGACGCGCCAAGUGGAAACGGGUCAAGGCCGGGAACGUCAACAACAAGUCCGGGGAGCCGUCCCGGAACCCCAAGAUAGUCGUGCCCAUCCCGGUGCACGUGAGCCGCUUCGCCAUAAGGAGUCAGCACCAGCAGAUGGAGCAGGCCCGACCGUGAGGAGGAGGAGGAGGAGGAGGAGGAGGAGGAGGAAGAGUCCGGCCCGACACCAGUGACUGGAUCCCGUGUUGACGCUCUCAUCCCGUUUCCGUUCAACGUCCGGUUGAAAAAAAGGAUUUUUAUUUGGAGACAAAUGUGGCGUGGAAAGAAUUUUAUGAUUUUUAUUAACGAGUUAAAAAUUCCUCAUCAAACAAUAGAGACAAAUCUCAAAUCUGCGAUUUCACUCAAUUUAUAAAACAUAUUAAAAUCAAGGAUCUUAACUGAUCCUCGUGAACUCAGUUACAUGUUUCAUCUGUUUUAUGGAUUUUUCAGACAUUAAAUCUGUUCAGUUUAAUUUAAACAAAGUGAAAAUCAUUUCAUUAAAUGUGAAAACAAAACUCAUCAAAUUGAUAAAGUUGAAUGUUUCCUCAAAGUCACAUUUACAAAUAUCUGAAUCCACCUCACAGACUGACAGUGUAAUUAUGAGUUCACUUAGAACAGUUCACUUUUUCCCAAAGGAGUUUGGUUUCAAUUAACUGAUGAUGGACAGUUUUUUUUGACAGUUACAUUAACAAAAUCCUUAAUUACAUUUUCUGACUCUUGACAUUUUAAUUAUGGCUGAAAGGUCGAAAAUUAAUUUUUUUUCCUAUAAUUUGGUUUAAAUCCCUGAGAACUGAGUUUGAAUCCAGAUCCCACAGAUUUAUGAUUUUCUUCCUCUCUACAGUAAAAUGUUAAAAAUCAUAUUUCAAGCCUCAACACGAGACUGAGCGACGCGUUCAACCGGAAGAACCUCAGAAUCAAAACCUCACGUUUCUGGAGCGACACCAAAAAAACUGCGUAAAGACGCGGAGGAGGAAGAGGAGGAGGAGGAGGAAGAGGAGGAGGAGGAGGAAGAGGAGGAGGAGGAAGAGGAAGAGGAGGAGGAAGAGGAGGAGGAGGAGGAGACAGUGACACGUGACCGACUCCUCCCACUCAUGUAAAUACACGCGGGACCAAACCGAGGACGUGACGUUUGUUGUUGUCGAUUUAAAAACGUUUUUACGAACCUCGAGUCUGUGAAGAUUUUCUUCUUCUUCUCUUUCAUCAAACUGUGACCGCUUCAUUUUUAUUUUUUAUUGUUUAUUCCUCUGGACAAAGUGACGCUGCUAAUUUAUUUAUAUGAAAAAAACAAUUGUGCUAAAGUAACGAACUGACAUUCCCUGAAGAUGAAAGUGUGAAUUAAAGAUGAUCAUGGUGUGAAUUCUCUCCUGUCACUCACUCUUCAUCUUGAACUCACGUCUCCAAUAGAAACACUGAAACUAUAAUAAACACAAAUACAAUUUAAAAAAAUACUUUAUGAUCUAGAUGUUUCUGAAAAAAUAAGUGUCAUUUUGUUUUGAAGGCCGGAUUCUUUAAAGGCCACAACCCUUCAGUUCUUUGUUUCGAGCUUCUAAAUAUCGACAGACAAAUUCAUGUCUUUUGUUUUGUAUUGAAAUGUGUUUUUGAGUUUCUUCCUAAAAUCUGAAUAUUUUUGAGUCGAGUUACAGUUUUGGUGAAAAAGCUUCUGUCAAAUAACUUUGAUAUUCUGUCACAUGAACUGACGAGGUUCUGCUCAUUGAGCUGAAAUAAGAAGGAAUCGAGUCAAACGACUUCACUUUCACGACAGAACUUUUAAAAGGUUUAAAUACCUGCGGCUGCGUGUUGCGUUCAGGUGCCGACAGGUGACCGGAAACGUGAAGCUCCUUCCGGUGUGAA